CGCCAGGUAGCGCCUCUCAUAGCAGCCCUCCUCACAUCGUUAUUGAAUAAACCUGCCAUCAUUUCUAUCACUUUUAGAAGAAAAUUUCCAAAAUGCUGGAUGUAACCACUGAAGUUGUCUAUCUGCCAUUCAGAACAGGACUGGAUCUGUCGAUGGGCGAGAAGAAAGAGCAUUGGGAAGAUACCCUUAAUACUAUUAAGAGACAACCUGGCGCGAUAAGGGUGCUUUGGGGAAGGCAGAUUGAGCACCCGGAUACAAUUCAGCUGGUAAUUGCCGGGACACCAGUCCUAUAUCAUGCCAAAUUUCCCUUUGCGCAAAGCUCAUACGGUGAUCCGUUUACUUCUCCUGUGACCGAAUGUAUCGCCAGCUUCUUUCCCGCAGAUUAUCCCGAGUCACAGUAUGAAACCAAGUUUACUACUUUCCGGGAGCAAGCCAUACAGACCAAGGAUCUUGCCGCUGAUGGGGUCAUUGGCGGAUGGAGUAUUGAAAGGCAGUCGCAUGAGGCGUUGGGAGAGGGAGUAGAGGGAAAAUUAUUUAUGAUUUUCAUCGGGUGGCCAAAUGUAGAGGCACACAUGGCGUUUCGGGAAACAGAAGAUUUUGCAAGAGUAAUUCCGCAUUUGAGGGAUGGGCCGGUGGGGAAGAGUUAUUCUUUGCAGCUCCGAACCGGAAGGAAAAUGUACAGCAUGGCCGAUAUGCUGCUCAAUAUCUUGUAUUCCUUCGAUAUUGCAUCCAUAUCAAUCUUGUACUCCAAAUAGAUUCACAGCCCCCCUUCCGAUAACUUCCAGAUUUGCAACAUCCUU